AUGGGCUCGGGGCUCGAGGUGCAGCAGAAGCGCGCCGCCCCGGGCCCCGCCCAGGCAGGCGCGGCCUGGUGCCUCUGGGCGCGGCUGCCGCUGCAGCUCCUGGACAUGGAGCUGCAGGCGCAGAUGGCCACGCACAAUUUGGACAAUGCCAAGCGACAGGUGGACGUGAUGGGGGAGGGGCAGGAAGGCCCGCGCAAGAAGUCGCCAAGAUUUCGCUGGGAUCAGCGGCUUCCUCGGACAAUGCUCCGCGCAGUGUUCGGCAAAGAGAAUCUGCGGAUGGCUGCUAGCAGCGUCGCCAAGGUUUUCAGAGGCACCGGAAUCAAAGGCAGCCAUCUUUUCGCUCGCCAAUUGAGAUCGGCUUUGGCGGAGCUUUAUUGCGACAGCCAACGUGUUCAAAUAGAGCGCCAAGUGCUCAGAGCGCCUGGGACAGAACACAAUUGGUUGGUUAUGCAUCUGCAGUGGGACGAAACCAAGUUCACUGUGCAGCUGAACGACGGCAAGCCUCCUUGUGGGCAGCAAGUGAUGACACAGCACGGCGUGUUGCAUUGGGAAGACGAGGACCUCCGCGUCCACAGCCAAGAGCUUAUCUUCCCACCGUCCGUGCUGGAAUCUGCAACCGCCGACUGCAUGCUCGGAGGCCUCGCGCGGGCGUUGCGCGUGGAUAUGGAUGAGCUCUGGCCGUCGGCGCUGCUGGCGUGCUUGUCCCCGAGCGUCGAUUCUGUGGCCGCAAACGGGCUGGUGUGCAAAUAUUUGCUGCAGACGUUGCCCUGGUGGGCAGCUCUGCGGCAAAUCCUGUCGGACGAGGAGGCUGGUCUGGAGGCGCGGCGGGGCGCGCCGAAUCCAGCGGACAGGGGGAAGCUCGACAUGCUGCUCGGGUAUUGCGACCGCCAGAUGGAUGAGGACGUGGAGGACGAGGAGGUGACAGCGGCGCGCGGCCAACGUAGAGGCCUCACCAAGCCAGAGGUCGACUUGAUCAAGGAGAUGUUCGCCGGCGACGUGUCUCAAGGGAGGCCCGUGCACCAUUGCAGGGGCCGCGACUGCUGCGCGAACAGGCAGGAGUCUGUCGACAGAGCGGUGGCGGCGGUGAUGGUUCCUUUGCGCAGGCGUUUGGCAGUGCCCGCGUUGAACCGCUGGAACACUGUGCAUCCCACCGCGUGCGUCUUGCUGCUGUUGAUCUCCUUGCAUGGAUUGCUGCCGCGUGCGCUCGAGAAGACGUGCGGCGCUGCUGCGCGCGCCAUGCGGCGGGAAGAUGGCGGCCUCGAGAGCGGCAGCGGCGCAGCGGGCCUGGGGGAUUUCAGGCGUGAACAGCAUGUUCGCACCGUCAAGAUGAUGAGGUUUCUCUCCGAUCUACUUGCGCGGCAACGGCUGGUCCUGCGGGUGGCCGUGGCCGCCGUGGGGAUGCGAUUUCAUUACGCAUGUUUCAAACGUGGGUCUUUGCAUGGCUGGCUCGACCCCAAGGGGUCUGCGCUGUCGUCAUUCUGCAAGAGCGUCGUCCUUGACACGCUCGCUCAGCUGAGCUCAGCCUUUGACCCCGCUGCAGCUGGACAUUACGACUUGUGGAGAUUGCCGCUUGCCCUGCACGGCCCCCUCGCGUCCUGGCCCGGCGAGGUCCUCCGCGAAGCAGACGCCAUCGUCCACGUAUUCACUGGGUCCUUUUAUCGUCGCUUCGACAUUCGUUUGAGCGGUUACCCAUGGAGGCUCAUGCGGCUCGUGGACGCCUCCCUGGACAUGGGGGCCCGCCGCGCAGAAGGCGAAGAACUCUUUCGGGCAAACGAGUGUUGCCUGGACUCGGGGUUCUCCUUGAGGCUGAGGAAGAUGUGCACCACGGGCGUUGACGACCUUUUCCUGCCAGAG